CGACGUCUCCUUGCAUCUGUGCAAAUUCUGUACCUCGUCCCCGUAAGAACAAGGAAACAGAACACUGCAGCAAAGGAUGCCGGAAGAAAAUGAGACAUCCCCACUGCUGAGGCGGGGUUCCUCUAGUACGCCAACGCCUUCGGGCUCGAGCUCGAGCAAGUCGGCAACUUCAACUGCAACUUCGGAUACAGCAGAGAGAAAACCUUCGAAAGGAUGGCUAUUCGCAAGACUACCCUCCUUUACCACCAUUCAUUCCCGCUACCGCUUCGUCCCCCUCCUAGGCUGCACCCUCAUCUUCACCAAUGAAGCCGAGUACUUCAUCAAGCAAGUGGCCAGCAUGCGCGCGCUGGAGGCCAUGCACUGCUACAACUACUACCUCGAGCUCAAUUCCCCUCUCGUCGAGCUCGGCAAGCAUAUCCCCGAGCGGUUGUGCAAAAUCGACACGGUGCAGAAGCAGCUGGCGCGCAGCGCAGGGCUGAUUAUGUUUGUGCGAAUGCUGAGCGCGAUGCUGGGCGCGAUACCUUUGGGGUGGGUGGCGGAUAGAGCGGGCCGGAAGGUGGUGUUGGUGCUGCAUAAGGUCAAUGUUACUAUAGCGUGUGGGUUGUGGUUGUGUCUUUAUCUUGGCUUCCCAAAAGUCCCAAUAUGGACGCUCUACCUGAGUGGUCUUCCUGGAGUCAUUGGGGGUAACUUCGAUGUUGGCCUCUCGAUGCUGUUUGCUUCCUACACAGACGUCAUGCCAGUGGCUACAGAGCGAGCAUCCUUAUUCUUCCUAACAACGAGCAUGCAGUAUCUAGCACAAACAUUCAGCCCCUCCAUCGGCGCGUUCCUAAUGAACCUGGACGGAAAGGGGGGAACACCGCAGGUCAACCUCGCAGUCAGCUUCGCGAUCGCUGUCCUAACUGCCUUGAUCACAAUCUUCCUAUUCCCAGAGACAGUAGGCGAGAGCAGGAAGCACGCCGCCUCCCUCGCCCAGCAAUCCACCUCGCCCUCCUCCUCCUCUCCCACCAUCGCCCCCGACGACCCCAAACUCAACCCCCCAUCAACCUCCACCCCCCUCUUCGGCCUCGGCCUCCCUAACCUCAUCCUCCUCUUCACCUCCAUUUUCGUCGCCGCCACGGGCAUCAAAUCCAUCGACUUCUUCGGCCUGAUCCAAUACCCCGUCAUCAAAUUCGCCUGGACCUUCCCGCAAGCCUCCUACAUCGUCGCCACGCAGGGCUUCCUGAUGCUCCUGCACUUCUCCCUGCUCCUGCCAUUGCUCAACACCCUCGCCGCCCGCUGGCUGCGCUCCACCGCCGCGGGCCACUUCGCCAUCAUGCUCGCGUCCGCCGCGAUCCUCGCGCUGGGCUCUGUCGUCAUCGGUGCUAGCGACUCCGGGCCCGUGUUUGUCGGGGGCGUGGUCGUGUAUCUGUUCGGCGAGGGGCUGCCGACGGCGACGCAGGCGUAUAUUGUCAGUUUGGUGGAGAAGGGAAGGGUGGCAAGGGUCAUGGCGACGUUGUCGAUGGCGAGUAUUGGGGGAAAGUUGGUCGCCAGUAUUGCGUUUCCCGAGGUGUUGGCGUGGGGGUUGGAUAGCGGGAGGAGGGCGUUGGUGGGGUUGCCGUUUUUUGUGGCGGCGGGGUUGUUUGCGGUGUCGGCGGGGUGUGUGGGGACGGUGGGCGUGAGGGUGGGUGUGGGGAGGGGGAGGAAGGGGAAGGGGGUUGAGGAGGUGUGA